AUGGACUCCACCCCGACUACUCCCCAACCCCAAGAUCCUUCCCCCAUCUCCAUCAAAUCCUCUCCCCACAAGCUCCCUAUCAAACGCAAAACCCCCAAUUCCUUUUCUAACCCUAAUCUUAAUCUUCAUUUCGUUUCCACUAAACUCGAAUCCACCCUCGAUGAAAACCACGUCGACGCGAAACCACCGCCAUUCAAGUUCCACCGGUUAUGGACAGAGCCCGACGAGAUUCGGUUCCUCCGAGGCCUCCGAGACUGCGCUCCCCAGGGCCUCUCCUUCCCCAGAGACCUCCACGUCUUCUACGACCGCUUCUCCAGUACCAUGUCGCAGCCCUACACCAAGUCCCAGCUCUCCGAGAAGCUCCGCAGGCUGCGGAAGAAGUUCCGGAUCCUAUCGUCCCGCCUCGCCCGCGGGCUCAAUCCCUCGAUGCUCUCGCCGCACGAUCGGGCACUCUACGAGCUCGCCGAGAAGCUUUGGAGCCCCGAAUUCUCGUCCACAUCACCGUUCGGUAACAAUUCGAGCGGUUUUGGUAGCAAGGAGAAAGAAGAGAAGAAUAAGAGCGAGAACAAUUUAAUUGGAGUUAAGGCUAGCUUCUUGCCGACCCUGCCUACUUUUUGUUCUCACUCCAAUCAAAACGUUCAUGUCAACGAAUUCGCUAAUGUGGAUUAUGAGAAUCAUAAUCUCGACGAUGAUGGUCACGGCCAUCAUGGCCAGGCGAAUGUUGUGUAUUGCGAGGAAGUGAUAUUUGGUCAUCAGAGUAGUAGUUUGGGCAGUGGUGGGAUCGGUAGGGUGGCGGCCGAGACCGUGUUGGAUGUGUUUGAUCGGUGUUUGAAGGAAAUUCGGACGGUUCUUGUUCGGCAGGGGUUUCUUUAUCCUGAUGGUAAUAAAUCUUCCAAGGUGCCGGAUUUCGACACGCGGUGGCAGCUGCAACGUGUUGCGGAGUUGGACAUCUUGGCUCGGCGCUUGAGGUUGGUUCUCGAAAACUCUCUUCGUGGGCAACGAGUAUGA